GGUGCCCCGCGCCCACCGGACCGGGAAGCUCGGGCCUGUUCCCCGCGCCGGGGGCGGCGGGUCUCGCCGACGGUUCCCGGCGGCGGCGCGAUGGACAGCCCGGAGGUCACGUUCACGCUGGCCUACCUGGUGUUCGCCGUGUGCUUCGUGUUCACGCCCACCGAGUUCCACUCGGCCGGGCUCACGGUGCAGAACCUGCUGUCGGGCUGGCUGGGCAGCGAGGACGCCGCCUUCGUGCCCUACCACCUGCGCCGCACGGCUGCCACGCUGCUGUGCCACUCGCUGCUGCCGCUCGGCUACUACGUAGGCAUGUGCUUCGCAGCCUCAGAAAAGCAGCUCUACUCUCCGAGCCGGGCCCCAGAGGCCUGGCAGCUCUUCCUCCUGCUGGUGGUCACCCUGCCGACUGUCACCUGCACCCUGAUCUAUUACUGGUCCCGGGACCGGUGGGCCCGCCACCCACUGGCCCGUACCCUGGCCCUCUACGCCCUUCCGCAGUCGGACUGGCGGGCCGUUGCUUCCUCUGUCAACACCGAGUUCCGGCGGAUCGACAAGUUUGCCACGGGGGCACCGGGAGCCCGUGUGAUCGUGACAGACACCUGGGUGAUGAAGGUGACCACGUACUGCGUGUAUGUGGCCCAGCAGCAGGACGUGCAUCUGACGGUGACGCAGUCGCAGCAGCACGAGCUCUCGCCGGACUCCAACUUGCCGGUGCAGCUCCUCACCAUCCGCGUGGCCAGUGCCAGCCCUGCCGUGCGGGCCUUCGACAUCCGGCUGAACUCCACGGAGUACGGCGAGCUGUGUGAGAAGCUCCGGGCGCCCAUCCGCAGCGCGGCCAACGUGGUCAUCCACCAGAGCCUGGGUGACCUGUUCCUGGAGACGUUUGCCUCCCUGGUGGCGGUCAACCCGGCCUACUCGGUUCCCAGCAGCCAGGAGCUGGAGGCCUGCAUUGGCUGCAUGCAGACUCGUGCCAGUGUGAAGCUGGUGAAGACGUGCCAGGAGGCAGCUGAGGGCGAGUGCCAGCAGUGCUACUGCCGCCCCAUGUGGUGUCUCACCUGCAUGGGCAAGUGGUUCGCCAGCCGCCAGGACCCGCAGCACCCUGACACCUGGCUGGCCAGCCGCGUGCCCUGCCCCACCUGCCGUGCGCGUUUCUGCAUCCUGGAUGUGUGCGCCGUGCGCUGAGCUGGCCAGGCCCUGGCAAGGGAGCAGCCUUGGUCCAGGCCAGCCCUGCCAGGGUCCCCACAACUGCCUUGGGGAGCAGCCAGGCUCCCAGGCCCAGAGUUCUUCUCCCAGCGGGCAACUUGCCUCUGCUCUGAGGCUGUGGAAGUGC